AAUUCCCAGACCCGGACUAAUCGUACCCAAGGCUGGUCCCCCUUGGCACCUGUCCAGCUUCUCCUACGACAACUUGCCCGUCUUGCCCACCAUCACCACAACCUCCCGCCGGAACCUCGAUCCGUUUGGAGAAGCGACCAUCUAUUCCUGAUCCGUCAGGUCGCUAUACUUGAUCAGGACGGCCCCCUGGUAUAUAUUAGCGGCUUGGGUUUGCCUACGGUCCCGCGUAGGUACCUCGACUGGGCAGCUCAAGUGAACCCAACCUCAACCCAACUUACCUCUCCAGCACACCCGACCAACCGCCGUCCUUGCUCAACCAUGAAGGACGGACUCAAGACGUCAGCAAGCUUCGAGUUCUUCGACUACCGUACAUCACAGCCUCCCCCGCCUCCAUAUCCAGGGAAGGGCCACGACGACGGCGACGACGGUUUAUCAGUCAAGACGGACGCCUUCUGGAGCUAUUGUGGGCCGCUGCUCUCCCAGUCAGACGACCUGCCGCCGAGCCUCGACGAAUGGGCUGCCGCGGCGCUCUCGACCUCCCUGCUGCCGGUGCUGCUCCCCUUCCUGGCCUUCGCCAACGACCUGCUCGCGAAGAACGGCCUGCACCACUACUGGCUCACCAUCCGCGCCACCAAAGCCACCGCCGAGUUCGACAAGCCCCGCUGGCACGCCGACGACCUCUUCUUCGCCAAUGGCCCCAGCGGCGGCUUACGGGCCCCGCUGGCGCCGCCGCCGCCCUCGUCGAGUAAAGGUAGCGGCGGCAGGAUACCGAGGAUCCUGAUGCGGAGGAAGUCUCAGAAGCCUGCGCUCGCCCUACAGACGGACUGGAAGCUGUGCGCGACGCUCCUCGGCCCCUCGACGCAGUUCAUCCCCGCGGAGCACCAGGCUGCUGCGCGUGCAACAUCGCGGGCGGCCCGGCGCGCCCUCGCCACCGACCACGCCUGCACGUCGGUGCGGUGUGUCGGGUGCGCCUCGGCUGCGGACGCGGUGCGCGAGCGCCUCGCGACGGAGCUCGAGCCGCUGGGCCGCGUCGAGGCCGGCGCCGGUGCGUGCGCCGUCUUCCGCAUCGGCCAGGACCGCGGCGCCGUCCACUCGGAGCCGCGCAUGAGCGGCGGCGACCGCGUCUUCGUCAACGUCGUGCCCGGCCGCCGCGAGGAGCUCGCCGGCCUCGUCGCCAAGUGGGGGAUGGGGUUCCCGCGCUCGUGGUGGGUCGCGCCGGGGGUGCUGCGAGGGCACGAGCUGACGUAACACACCCCCGGGGAGGAGGCGGCGGUUUGUGUUGGGGAUGGGAAUGAGCUAAGAGGGUAGGUGUGGAAGGGAGACGAUAAGAUGAGUAUAACAAUGCAU